AUGAUGAUGCGUGAGAGCAGUAAGGAGGUCGCGCCCAAGAUCAAAAGAGGGAUUGAUCGCGACACCGAACCCGCUCAAACAAGAGACCCAAGCGAGGGCUCCCGACACAAGCGGAAGGAAAGCGGAAGGUGCAAAGAGGGAAGAGAGAACACAGCCCGCACUGUUCGCAAGGAAGCUGUUCCCAGACCAUUGUCGUUAACGGUCACUCACUACUCUUCUUUCUUCAUUCGGCUCCGGAAGAAGAAGCAGAAGAAGCAGAAGAAGCAGAAGAAGAAGAAGGUAUUUCUGUCUGACAAUGGCAUAGGUGCCUCUGCUUUCUGCUUCUGCAACUUGUGA